UUUAUAAAUAAUUUUAAGAUAUAGUGACUAGUGAAACUAGUUGACACUUAUCCUACAUGUUAUUUAAACUAUCGAAUCAAUACCAAUAUGCAUAACUUACAUAAUCUAGCCAUACCUAACUUCUUAGUAUCAUUUUCUUUCUUGAGGGUUCUUGUAUUUCGAAGUUUGGUCGGAAGGUAAGUAAUGUCUGACUAAGAAUUAUUUCACUCAAGAAUCGAACUUAGAUUCUCCUGAACAAAUCGUUAUAGCGCAUAAAAAUUGAGGUGUUUUUUAAUGUACUCCAUUUUGAAACUAAAACCAGCAAGAGCUACUUCCUGUGUGUUUUGCAUUGCUUCCAUACACACACAAACACAAAUCAGCAAAACCAUUUUGCAAGAGUUGAAAUCCCCAAUUCAUCAAACCCUUCACUGUCUUGUGGACCAAUGUUUCUCCCUAAGACAGCUCAAACUUGUCCAUGCACAAAUCAUCCUCCAUGGACUCACCACUCAAGUUCUAACAUUAGGUAAAUUAGUCUCCUCUAGUGUUCAACUCGGAGAUCUUCGUUACGCACACCAACUGUUUGAUCAAAUUCCUCAACCAAAUAAAUUCAUGUAUAACCAUUUAAUAAAGGGUUAUUCUAAUUCUAAUGACCCAACUAUGUCUUUGUUACUCUACCGCCAAAUGCUGUGUGCUGGUCUUUUACCAAACCAGUUCACUAUCCCUUUUGUUCUUAAAGCUUGUGCUGCUAAAUCAUGUUAUUGGGUAGGUGUUAGUGUUCAUGCUCAGUCUUUUAAGCUUGGAAUGGGGUCUCAUGCUUGUGUUCAAAAUGCAAUCUUGACUGUUUAUGUUGCUUGUGGUUUGAUAUUAAGUGCGAGGAAAGUGUUUGAUGAUAUUUCUGAAAGGACAUUGGUUUCAUGGAAUUCAAUGAUUGCGGGGUAUUCUAAAAUGGGUUGGUCCGAAGAAGUCGUUUUUUUGUUUCGGGAAAUGCAACAACUUGGUUUGGAGCCUGAUGUGUUUACCUUGGUUGGCUUGCUUUCUGUUUCGUCAAAACAUGGUAAUUUGGAGUUGGGAAGGUUUGUGCACCUUUAUAUCGUUGUCACAGGAAUUGAAAUUGAUUCGAUUGUCACCAAUGCCCUUGUUGAUAUGUAUGCCAAGUGCGGGCAUUUGAAAUAUGCUAGAAGAGUUUUUGAUCAAAUGCUUGAUAAGGAUGUGGUUUCUUGGACAUGUAUGAUUAAUGCUUAUGCUAAUCAUGGACUUAUUGAUUGUGCUUUGGAAUUUUUUUACCAGAUGCCGGGGAAGAAUGUGGUUUCCUGGAAUUCAAUAAUUUGGUGUCAUGUUCAAGAAGGACUUUACACGGAAGCUGUUGAGCUGUUCUACAAAAUGUGUGUUUCAGGUGUGAUGCCUAAUGAUGCUACCCUUGUUGCCAUUCUUUCAUCCUGCAGUCACAUGGGUGAUCUAGCAUUGGGAAAACAAUUUCACAAUUACAUUUGUGAUAAUAACAUUACACCAAGUGUGAUGCUUUGCAACGCUAUAAUAGAUAUGUAUGCAAAAUGUGGUGCCCUUCAGAUUGCCAUGGACGUCUUCUUUGGGAUGCCUGAGAAGAAUGUGGUGUCAUGGAACGUUAUUAUCGGGGCACUAGCUCUGCAUGGCUAUGGAAAAGAAGCUAUUGAGAUGUUUGAGAAGAUGCAGGCAAGUGGAGUUUGUCCUGAUGCGAUUACCUUUACCGGGUUGCUUUCUGCUUGUAGUCACAGUGGGCUUGUGGACAUGGGGCAACAUUAUUUUGGCAUGAUGGUUUCGACUUUCAGGAUUUCUCCUGAUGUUGAACAUUACUCAUGCAUGGUCGAUCUUUUAGGGCGUCGUGGAUUGUUAGGAGAAGCUAUUUCGUUGAUACAAAAGAUGCCUAUUAAACCAGAUGUUGUUGUCUGGAGUGCUUUACUUGGUGCUUGUAGAAUCUACGGGAAUCUAACAAUUGGUAAGCAAAUCAUGAAACAGUUAUUGGAGUUGGGAAGAUACGAUUCAGGGCUUUACGUACUUUUGUCAAAUAUGUAUUCAGAAUCUCAAAGAUGGGAUGACAUGAAAAAUAUUAGGAAAAUAUUGGAUAAAAAUGGGAUAAAAAAGUGCAGGGCAAUUAGCUUCAUUGAAAUUGAUGGCUGUUGUUAUCAAUUUAUGGUGGAUGACAAAAGGAAUGGAGCUUCAACCAAUAUAUACUCUAUGCUGGAUCAAUUAAUGGAUCAUCUAAAGUCUGUAGGGUAUCCAUGUAAACAUUCGGAUAUAGAGGGGAUAUACUGCUCUUAUAUUUAAUUCAGCAUCAUGUUUUAUUGAUGGAAAGGCAUAGAUUUAUCAAAUGGAAUUAUCAUUUCAUUCAUACUCCAAAGCUUUUCGAAGUCUUAAUUGUUAUACAUGAAAGCAAAGUUGAUUUAAAUGACAUAAAAAGCAAUGCUAAAGAGCAUGAAUGCUUGU